AGUUGCCCUGUUGUUGAUGUUGGUGCAGUUAAGAUGGCGGUGGUGGCUCAGCCAGCGGAGGCCUCUGAGUCUUGGUAUUUAGCGCUUUUGGGUUUUGCUGAACAUUUUCGCACUUCGAGUCCUCCGAAGAUUAAGCUAUGUGUUCAUUGCCUCCAAGCCAUCUUCCAAUUUAAGCCGUCCCAGCGAAUCGAGGCGCGUACUCAUCUCCAACUUGGCUCCGUGCUCUACCACCACACCAAGAACAGCGACCUGGCCAGAAACCACCUCGAGAAAGCGUGGCUGAUAUCGCAACAAAUUUCGCAGUUCGAAGAUGUCAAGUUUGAAGCUGCCAGCCUUCUUUCCGAGCUAUACUGCCAGCAGCAUUUGGUUGAUUCAGCAAAACCACUUUUACGCAAAGCCAUUCAGAUAUCACAACAGACCCCAUACUGGCACUGUCGACUUCUUUUUCAGCUGGCACAACUUCAUACACUGGAAAAAGAUUUGGUGUCAGCAUGUGAUUUGUUAGGAGUGGGGGCAGAGUAUGCCAGAGUAGUGGGAUCAGAAUAUACAAGAGCAUUGUUCCUCUUGAGUAAAGGAAUGCUCCUAUUGAUGGAACGGAAGCUGCAAGAAGUACAUCCCUUACUAACAUUAUGCGGACAGAUUGUUGAAAACUGGCAGGGAAAUCCCAUCCAGAAGGAAUCCCUACGAGUUUUUUUCUUAGUACUACAAGUUACACACUACCUAGAUGCUGGGCAGGUGAAAAGUGUAAAGCCCUGUUUGAAGCAGCUACAGCAGUGCAUACAGUCCAUAUCAACGAUUCAAGAUGAUGAAAUUUUGCCCAGCAAUCCUGCGGAUCUUUUUCAUUGGCUGCCCAAGGAACACAUGUGUGUGCUUGUGUACCUGGUAACAGUAAUGCAUUCCAUGCAGAUUGGACAUCUUGAGAAAACACAGAAGUACACAGAUAAAGCACUCAUGCAGCUAGAAAAACUUAAAAUGUUAGAUUGCAGUCCGAUUUUGUCGUCCUUUCAAGUAAUAUUACUGGAACACAUAAUCAUGUGCCGGUUAGUGACGGGACAUAAAGCAACUGCACUUCAAGAGAUUUCACAGGUCUGCCAGCUAUGCCAACAAUCUCCCCGGCUGUUUUCCAAUCAUGCUGCACAGCUACACACGUUAUUAGGUUUGUAUUGUAUUUCCGUUAACUGUAUGGACAAUGCAGAGGCACAGUUCUCAACAGCACUACGGUUAACAACACAUCAAGAAUUGUGGGCAUUUAUAGUAACAAACUUAGCCAGUGUUUACAUCAGGGAAGGAAACAGACACCAAGAGCUCUACAACCUUUUAGAACGGAUAAAUCCAGAUCAUAAUUUUCCUGUAAGUUCUCAUUGUUUGAGAGCAGCUGCCUUCUAUAUCCGUGGCCUCCUCUCCUUCUUUCAGGGACGAUACAAUGAAGCCAAACGUUUUUUGCGGGAGACAUUGAAAAUGUCCAAUGCAGAAGAUUUAAAUCGACUGACAGCUUGUUCCUUGGUACUUCUGGGACACAUAUUUUAUGUUGUAGGAAACCAUAGAGAAAGCAAUAACAUGGUGGUACCAGCAAUGCAAUUAGCAAGUAAGAUCCCAGACAUGUCUGUUCAGCUGUGGUCUUCGGCUUUACUUCGAGACCUGAACAAGGCCUGUGGCAAUACAAUAGAGGCCCACGAAGCUGCACAGAUGCACCAGAACUUUUCUCAGCAACUUUUGCAGGAUCACAUAGAGGCCUGUAGCCUUCCAGAACACAAUCUGAUCACUUGGACAGAUGGAGCACCUCCUGUACAGUUCCAGGCUCAAAAUGGACCCACCACAAGUUUAGCCAGCCUACUAUGAACAGACUGUUUAUACAGACAUAUUGUUGGUCUGCCUCUCUCAUCACUUGUGAACUGGCGGUGGUGCAUCAUUUACAGAUCAGUGUGUCUGGAAUUCGUGAUGCAAAAUCCCUUUUUACAUCUUGAAACACCCAGGCGAUAAUUGAGCAGUGCUGCGUGCUUGCUGUCUGAGCUGAACACUGAUCAGUUGAUGGACUUGGACAUUGAUCGCUGUUUUAAUUUAAAGGAACCAGCUGGAUGCCCGUAGGUCAGGCGGGUUGGGGGCUUUUGUUGAAUCCUAAAGAUGACAGAGUAAAAAACACGCGCCACUCCAGCCUGGAAUGGAGGUUACUGCAGUAUGCAGGGGAAACAGACGAACUCCUCUAACAUAAUAGAAUGCUCUGUAGUUUGAUGCGUGAGUGGUAGAAGCGGGGGAAAUUGAUUUUUGUUUGACAUUUCAAAAGUUAAAAUCUUCCUGCCAGAUAUGGGGAGACAUGUUUCCAUGUGGUCAUCUUACCUUGGAGGAGUACUAUAAGCACUGAAAUUCAGAGUCCAGCCAUUUAAUGGUAAGACUAGGGUUUCACCCCUAAAUGGGGACAUAGCAUCUCUUCAUGAUGCACUCUGUGGACUGUUGUGAAGACUGUCAGAGAUUACAAGUUGGGAAUGUGUGGUCCUCACACAUUUGUGCACACCAUGCUGUUCCUUAAGUGGUUUUGUUGAAAAUUAUUGGACUGAGGAACUCUGAUAAACCUAAAGAGCUAGCACUUCCAUGAACAGCGAAUCACAUUUUUUUUUUUUUUUUAAAGUAACCAGCCGUCACUUUAAUUCAGUAGUCUUAUAUUCUCUUUCAUACUGGAUGAGAUGUGGUGGAAAUCUGGUGCUUGAAUGUUGACAUAAAACACUUUUUUGCAUCUCAGCUUUUCAGCCCAAACUGUGACAACAGUGGUGAAGCCUCUUCAGAAGUACAGUGCAUGUCUUCAUGGGCAGUUUUGUGUCCUCCUCCGUUUUGUAUUGGUGGUGUAUUAAAUGGCAUGGAUAUAAGGUGGUUUACAAACAGAGUGCUCUUGCACAUUUUAUUUAGUAGGGAAGACACAGGUGUGGAGAAUUCUGCAGUAAAUGUAUGUAAUAAGUGGUAGCCAUUUUCUCAUUGGUAUGUCAUCACUUUCAAGUGUUGUGGCACUGUUAUGUCGUUUCCUGUGAGAUUCUGUAACUAGUGCAGUUUGGAUUCUCCCAGCUAUGUGUUGCUUGGUCUGCUGAGAAGGCAGUUAGACCUGUUAACAUUUACUAAUAUCCCAUCCUGACAGAUAAGUCACUGCAUUUGUCAUUAACUUGGUGACAGAGGACUGAAAUGGGGAAGGUGCCUCUCAGAGUCUUCCAUCACCUGUCUCCUCAAUGCUUUGAGAAUCCAUCCCUGUAAGAAGUACAGGACUUGCUCACUAAGAGGGGUGUGCACAUGUGACCUUCUUCAUCUUUUCAUUUAUUCAUCAGAAGGCAUUGGCUCGUGAUCUUAUCUCUUAUGGACUCUGUGCCACAGCUGGGUAUUUUAAAAAAAAAUAAGUCAUUGCAUUCAGGUUUACUAGCUCUUUAAGAAAGUAUUGCAACCUGAGAGAACAGUUUCUAUCCCCAGCCUUACAAGUGUAUUAAUCCCUUUCCUUUUCCCCCCCCAAUAUUCCUGUGCCACAAAAUUGCACAUCAUAAAAAAAGGACAUUGAACUUCUUUCCCAUAAAAUGAUAUAUACCUUUGUUCUUUACUGGUUUGCUGAACAUUGUACAGAUUUUUUAACACCAUAUGUAUAUUAAAUUAUUUUUUAAGUAAUCUUCCAUUUUUUCUAGUAUUUUUGUAGUUCAAGAAUUUUGAUUACCAAUAAAGACCUCCUGAACUUUUCUA